CAUUCCUAUUCAAGCACCUCCACUGGAUAAAUCAUUUUGGAUUCACUUUUAUUUCUCUUGCUUACGUGAUCAGGACAUCUGACGGAAGAAGAUUUAACAGAACAAAAAGAAACAUGAAAGUGAUUAUCAGUGCUUUGGUGAUCAGCUGCAUCGUGGCUCUGUCCAUGGCCCGCCCCCAGGAGGGUGCCCAGUUCACAGAUGAAGCCAUCCGACAGGCACAGCAAUCCUACCUAAUUCCACAGGAUGCCAAAAUCCAGAAAGUCGAACGAGGCAUUGAGCUGGCUUCCUACGAAUCUAUUCCCGCACGCCAGAGGAUCGAUCUUUUCUCCAUUCUCGGUGAUCAAGUCCCACGCGAUGUGAUCGCCAGGCUUCAACCUCAGGUGGACAACAUCGGGAAUGAGUGAAGCUGAAAACGAGAAGAAAAGUGAACAUCCAUCCUAGAUCAUGUCCUCAUCCUUUGUCCUCCACCGCUUCCUUAUAUCCUUCCCAAAAAAGUAGGUAUUGCAUACACGCAAAGGAUAGAGCUACAGGGUGCUCCUUUCAACAUCACCACUGCAUUUAGUCCAAUUCACAGGGAUUUUCUCCACAAAUAAUUUUUUUUAUCUCGAGAAACUUCUCUGCAUUCUUCCACGUCAAGUGCCAAAAGCAAUAGACACCCAUAUACACAGUUCUCUUCUCAAAUUCUUGUACGAGAGAACUUCUUCAUUUUUUGUGUUAAUCUUACAACUUUUUUUUUAUUAUUUUUCUUUAAAAGAAAUGUCCACAAAAUAAUAUUUUAUGAAAUACCUACACAAGUAUUUUCUAUAAAAAAGACAAAUAUAAGAAAGAAAAAAAAACAAA